AGUAUCGCGAUACGUGGAAUUUGCCAUCUCGUGACCAGACUGCAAGCGGCGAGAGCUCUCGUUUGCGGGCGUCCUCUCUCUCUCUCUCUCUCUCUCUCUGUGCAGCUCGCUGACACACUCAGCUGGCAAACUUCUCAGCUGCUUUGCGGAGGUCUGCGACGUCCCGCGUAAGGUGGCGAGCCGGCCCGGCAUGAGAAGGAACGGCGCGUACAGGUUUCUGUCGGUGCUCUCCUGCUUUUUCAUCUGCGCGUUCCUGCUCUCGUUCGGCUUUAUCGUGUUUUACUCGAUGACGCAUGCGCCGUGAAGCGCCGCGGUCACAUGACAUCAACCCGGAAGUGGGGCGCUCCGCUUGCAUAUUUUGGCUGCCCAGUGUGUGCGUGUGGUCCUGAUGGCGUCUGGCUCCAGUCAAGUGGGGUCCUCCUCCACAGCAGACCUCAAGCUGCAGUUCGCGCCCUUCUGCAGUGCCCUGGAGGCGGGCUUCUGGCACCAGCUCACCCAGAAGAAACUGAAUGACUACAGGCUGGACGAGAGCCCCAAAUGCAUCAAGGGAUAUUACUAUAAUGGUGAUCCAAUUGGCUUGCCUACCCGUCUGACGUUGGAGUUCAGUGCGUUUGAUGUGGACGGUCCCACCCCGGCCCGCUGCUGCUCGGCCGUAGGAACCUUGUACAACACCAACACAUUGGAUGCCUUUAAGACCGCUGACAAGAAGGCUAUGCUGGAAAAAGAGGCGAAGGAGAUAUGGGAUGCCAUCCAGUCUGGAGCGGCAGUAAAAGAACCCUCCAUCCUGUGCAGGUUCAUUCUUCUGACUUUCGCAGAUUUGAAGAAGUACCACUUCUACUACUGGUUCUGCUUCCCUGCUCUGUGUUUCUUGGAGGGGAUACGGAUAAUCCAGCCGGCAUCGACCCUGGAGGAGGUUUUCUCAGCCAGAGAGAUCACAGCCCUGCAGGAGGCGUACGAUGGCCUCUGUACCAGGAAGGGAACCACUGCCAUCCCCUACUUCCUGAUGAAGAGCGUGGCUGACGGUGUGGAGGUGGCUCUGCUGGAGGACUGGGACCACUUCUUCACUGACUCCAGCAUGGUGACUGUGGGUGUCUAUGAUCCAUGCACUCUGUCCCAACAUCCGGGUUGGCCUCUGAGAAAUCUUCUGGUCCUCCUAGCUUACCGAUGGGGGUCUAGUCUGGACUCGGUCAGGAUUCUUUGUUUCAGGGACAGAACUCUACAGGGAAGUCGCUCGGUGCAGCACAGCAUCACCUUCCAGAUCAAACUACCAGAACUCCCCCUCAACUCAGCUUGUCCUAAAAGUGUUGGAUGGGAGAAAAACCCUAAGGGAGCCAUGGGGCCCAGGAUGGUCAACCUGAGUGAAUGCAUGGACCCUAAAAGGCUGGCGGAGUCCUCGGUGGACCUGAACCUGAAGCUGAUGAGGUGGAGGCUGGUCCCAUCUCUGGACCUGGACAAGGUGGUCAACACCAAAUGCCUUCUGCUGGGUGCCGGCACGCUGGGCUGCAACGUGGCCCGGACUCUGAUGGGCUGGGGGGUGAGACACAUCACGUUUGUAGACAAUGCGAAGAUUUCCUACUCAAAUCCAGUACGACAGCCUCUGUACGAGUUUGAGGACUGUCUGGCAGGAGGCAAGUCCAAAGCAAUGGCAGCCGUCGACCGACUCACCAAAAUCUUUCCUGGUGUGAAUGCAGAAGGGUACAACAUGAGUAUACCCAUGCCAGGCCACCCCGUGAAUUUCUCCGAGGCGACUCUGUCCCAGGCCCAGAAGGAUGUGGAGCAGUUGGAGAAGCUGAUCUCUCAGCACCAUGUAGUCUUCCUGCUGAUGGACACUAGAGAGAGCCGCUGGCUGCCAACCGUCAUUGCCGCCAGUCAGAGGAAGCUGGUUGUGAAUGCAGCUCUGGGCUUUGACACCUUCGUAGUGAUGAGACAUGGCCUGAAGAAACCCCCUGCCAAUCAGGAUCUGCCUGCAGGGACAGACUCCUCCCCCUCCUGUUCUUCCACUUCUUCUUCCUCGUCCACUCCAGCAGGAUCCAUCCCAGCUGUCCCAGCGUCCUCUUUGUUCUCCAACAUUCCGGGCCACAAACUGGGCUGCUACUUCUGCAACGAUGUGGUGGCACCGGGUGAUUCGACCAGGGAUCGAACCCUGGACCAGCAGUGCACAGUCAGCAGACCUGGUCUGGCCAUGAUCGCUGGAGCGCUGGCAGUGGAGCUAAUGGUAUCUAUUCUACAGCACAGCGAAAGUGGGUAUGCUGUGGCCAGCAGCAGUGAUGACAGAAUGAAUGAACCUCCUACUUCCCUGGGCCUGGUGCCACAUCAGAUACGAGGGUUUCUGUCCAGGUUUGACAACGUCCUGCCCGCCAGCCUGGCCUUCGACAAGUGCACCGCCUGUUCCCCCAUCGUGCUGGACCACUAUGAGAGGGAGGGAUUUCACUUCCUGUCCAAGGUGUUUAACUCCUCCCACUCCUUCCUGGAGGACCUGACCGGGCUCACACUGCUGCACCAGGAGACACAAGCUGCAGAGAUCUGGGACAUGAGUGAUGAUGAAAGCAUCUAACAGGCCGGUGGUGGACCAGAGGAACCGCCGUCUCACCUCUCGGACUCUUCUCUGUGUUUUGUGAGGGGUAAGACCUGUGAUGUCACAUCCACGCCACAGAUGGAGAGGAUGUGAUGACGUCAGACUUCAUGAAAGGACGGUUUCUACUCGGCAUCACGGUAAAGACGGGACCGACGACACACCCAGAGGGAAAUAAGCAGAAGAAGCCAGCAGGAGGUCUUACACCUGGAGUCAUAUGCGAGACACAAGCUCACGUUAGAGAAAAGAUAGCAGCCCUUUACAGAAGUCAUUAACAGAUAACCAGAUCGUCAAAGCAGAAACAAGAACCUUUAAAUGAAAAACUGAUAAGCCAGUUAAAUGUCCCAUCAAGCCGUCUUGUCAUCUGUUCACAUCGCCAGCCGAAGCUCCUCAGCAGAACAUCAGCAGAACAUCAGGAGAACAUCAGGAGAACAUCAGGAGAACAUCAGCAGAACAUCAGCAGAACACUCGAGGGCUUCACAGUCUGCUUCUCUGCUCACGUCUCCAUCGAAGGUGUAGCCUCAGAUGAACUGUGUUCAGAGCUCGGCCAAGAGAAAGUCGCCCAGCUAAUCUAAUGUACCAGAAGUCAGGCCGCUUCCGACAGUUCAAGUCCCUUCUGAUCUUCUGCCUGAAUCCGUCGACGUUAACUGGAAACUAACAAAAGAGCUCUUUCAAAAAGACUCCCAGCUUUUCUGCCACACAAACGGUUUGUAUGGAAAGACGCCGUCCGCCCGUCUACCCUCCGAGGGUCUGUAACGUGAUGAAGAUGAAGAUGAAGAUGAAGGGUCGACAGUUGACAUGCACGGCUUGUGUGUCCAGGGUCUUUACUCUUGUUUUGUUCCUUUAUUUUGUACUUUCUGGUGUCACAUCUGUGAGAACUACUUCCUUCUGUCUGUCACAAUAAAACAUCGUUUCCAACACAACACGCUGGUAUGACACUGGUAUUUCACUGGUAACUGGU